AUGGCCGAGAGCUGUGAAGUACUACAUUCCUUCUCCUGCUCCAUAUGCCUGGAUGUUUUGAAGAAUCCUGUGACUCUUUACUGUGGCCACAGCUACUGUAUGGACUGUAUAAAUGGCUGCUUCGACCAGGAGGAUCAGAGUGGUAUUUACAGCUGCCCACAGUGCAGACACACUUUCAACCCAAGACCCGUCCUCAAGAAAAACACAGUGCUGGUUGAUUUGAUGGCAAAAAUGUCUGUGAGAGCACAAUCCAACAUGCGAGUGAAGGAUGAAGCUGGACCAGGGGAUGUGGAGUGUGAUUUCUGCACUGUGAGGAAGCUGAAAGCUGUUAAGUCUUGCCUGGUAUGUCUGGCAUCUUACUGUGCCACUCACUUGCAACCUCACUAUAAGUCUGCUGCGUUUAAGAGGCACAAGUUGGUCGAAGUGUCAGCUUCCAUACAAGAGAAGAUCUGCUCCAAGCAUGACAAGCUACUCGAAGUCUACUGUCGCAGUGAUGGGCAGUGCAUUUGUCUCCUUUGUGUGAUGGACGAACAUAAAGGUCAUGACACUGUCUCGGCUGCAGCAGAAAGAAAAGAGAAGCAGAAACAAUUUGGAAAGAAGAAACAAAGAAUCCAGCAAGGCAUUCAAGAAAAAGAGAAGCAGCCCUGGCAACUAAGACAGAAAACUAAAGGACUGAAGGCUUCAAGUGAUGCAGCAGUUGCUCAAAAUGAGAAAGCCUAUGCUGAGAUUGUUCUGAAGGCAGACAAAAGGCGCUAUGCCGUGAACGAUCUGAUCAGAGAUCAGGAGAAGGCCGCGUUGAGUCGCGCUGAGGAGCUUGUGGAUCGGCUGGAGAAGGAAAUCAGUGAGCUGAGGAAGCGAGAGGACCAAUUGAAGCAGCUGUCGCUCACUGAAGAUCAUAUUAAUUUCCUGCAGCACUGCCAGACCAUUUUUGACUCUACAGAACCUGAUGUGUCUUCUGAUGUGAACAUCCAACUGCACACACCUUUCGACUUUGUCACAAAAACUAUUUCUGACUUGAGAGACAAAAUGGAAAGCGUGGCCAAGAGCAUUGCACAAAUAUCUGAGACAAUUCAAGUUGAUCCUGAUCCCAAGACAAGAGAGGAAUUUUCCAUGUAUUCCUGCUGCAUAACAUUGAAUCCCAACACAGCAUUUGAAAACCUGUUGCUCUCUGAUGGAAACACCAAAGUAACCUGGGUUAAAAACCCCCAGAGGUACCCUUACCACCCAGAUAGAUUUACCAAAUAUGAUCAAGUGUUGUGCACUGAGGGUUUGUCUGGUGUUUGCUACUGGGAGGUUGAAUGGAAAGGGCCACGGGUUGAGGUAGCCCUGUGCUAUAAAGGAACAGAGCUGGAAGAAAGUGGCUUUGGCUACACCGACCAGUCCUGGUGCAUUUCUCUUUCUAGUUCCUGUUGCGCUUUUUGGCACAAUGAAGUCAAAACUAGAAUAUCUGUCCCCUGUUCCUCUACAGUGGGAGUGUAUUUGAACCACAAGGGAGGGAGCCUGUCCUUCUACAGUGUGUCUGAUUCUGGUCAAAUGGUGCUCGUUCACAGAGUUCAGACCACAUUCUCCCAGCCUCUGUACCCUGGGUUCAUGGUCUCCAGAGGAGCCUCAGUUAGGAUAAUCACACCAGAGUAA